AUCUCAGUACUUCUGUUUGCGGCACUCUACGUCCUCUGCCAUAUCUUCCUGACUCGCUUCAAGAAGCCUGCUGAGUUCACCACAGUGGAUGAUGAAGAUGCCAUAGUCAACAAGAUUGCGCUUGAGCUGUGCACCUUCACCCUCGCGGUCGCCUUGGGUGCUGUCCUGCUCCUGCCCUUCUCCAUCAUCAGCAAUGAGGUGCUGCUCUCACUGCCGAGGAACUACUACAUCCAGUGGCUCAACGGCUCCCUCAUCCAUGGCCUCUGGAACCUCGUUUUUCUCUUCUCCAACCUGUCCCUCAUCUUCCUCAUGCCUUUUGCAUACUUCUUCACCGAGUCUGAGGGUUUUGCUGGUUCCAGAAAGGGUGUCCUGGGCCGGGUCUAUGAGACCGUGGUGAUGUUGAUGCUUCUCACUCUGCUGGUGCUAGGAAUGGUGUGGGUGGCAUCAGCCAUUGUGGACAACAAGGCCAGCAGGGAAUCUCUCUAUGACUUGUGGGAGUACUACCUCCCCUAUCUAUACUCCUGCAUCUCCUUCCUUGGCGUUUUGCUGCUCCUGGUGUGCACUCCUCUAGGCCUUGCCCGCAUGUUCUCGGUCACCGGGAAGCUGCUGGUCAAGCCCCGGCUGCUAGAAGACCUGGAAGAACAGCUGUCUUGCUCAGCUUUUGAGGAGGCCGCUCUGACCCGAAGGAUCUGUAAUCCCACCUCCUGCUGGCUGCCUUUAGACAUGGAACUGCUGCACAGACAAGUCCUGGCCCUGCAGACACAGAGAGUCCUACUGGAGAAGCGGCGGAAAGCUUCAGCCUGGCAGCGGAACCUGGGCUACCCCCUGGCCAUGCUGUGCUUGCUGGUGCUGACUGGCCUGUCUGUGCUUAUCGUUGCCAUCCACAUCCUGGAGCUGCUCAUCGAUGACGCUGCCAUGCCACGGGGCAUGCAGGAUCCCUCCUUGGGCCAGGUCUCCUUCUCCAAGCUGGGCUCCUUUGGGGCCGUCAUCCAGGUUGUACUCAUCUUUUACCUGAUGGUGUCCUCGGUCGUGGGCUUCUACAGCUCUCCACUCUUUAGGAGACUACUGCCCAGAUGGCACGAUACAGCCAUGACUCAGAUAAUUGGGAACUGUGUCUGUCUCCUGGUCCUAAGCUCAGCACUUCCUGUCUUCUCUCGAACUCUGGGACUCACUCGCUUUGACCUGCUGGGUGACUUUGGACGCUUCAACUGGCUAGGCAGUUUCUACAUCGUGUUCCUCUACAAUGCAGCCUUUGCUGGCCUCACCACGCUCUGUCUGGUGAAGACCUUCACUGCAGCUGUGCGGGCAGAGCUGAUCCAGGCCUUUGGGCUGGACAGGCUGCCACUGCCUGUCACUGGUUUCCCUCGGUCAUCUAAGAAGAGUCAGCACCAGUGACCUCUGUCUGGGGGAGGAAGGAGAAAACUGGAUGUUGCCACCUGCUGCCUAGGCCCAGAGGGGACCCCAAGGGUGGUUGGACCUCAGAACCUCAGGACCUGGAAUCUGAGAGGAUGGGUGGCAGAGGGGAGCUGAGCCAUCUUCACUGUUGCAUAAUCUGAGCCAGAGUUUGGGACCAGGACUCUUUAUUUUCCAGACUAACUGUGGCCUCAGCAUGAGGUAGGGCUGGGUGGCUGGGUCUGGCUCUUGGUCCCAAAUCCAUUUACACAUCAGUCUGCCUCACUGCUGUUCCGGGCCAUGCCCAUAGCCAUGUUUACAUGAUGUGAUGUGCAAUAGGGUAGGGCGAGGGUGGGAGGGACUGAGCCAGAGCAGGCUUAGGAGGCAGGGUGUCUCCCUUGCUUCUGCCCAGCAGAGCCUAAGCACUGUGCUGUCCCGGAGAGGCUUUGGACCACUGGAGGAGCUGGGAGCUUAGGGAGAAAGAGGCUGCACCAUCAGCAAUAAAGUCGAUCCCAGGGUUUGCUUUC